AUGAGCCCACAGCCAGAAUUAGAGAGCGAGACGCUGGUGGAAGCGGCGCUAAGGGUACUUAACACAGCAGACCCAUUCGAGAAGGCAAAGCUAGGCGAUUCAGUGGCUUCUAAAUGGCUACAAGGAUCCAUUUCUCAGGCUUACAAUCCUUCCCUCGACUUUCCCGUACCCGAUCGCCCUGCCAGGCUCGCUAAUGUUAAGUUGGUUUCGCCAAGUUUAAUGCCAAAGCUUGGAAAAGCUGGUAGCUUGCAGAGUAGGCAGGCUAUUGUGCAUAGCCUUGUACAUACUGAAAGUUGGGCUAUUGACUUGUCUUGGGAUAUAAUUGCUCGGUUUGGUAAGCAAGAGGGGAUGCCAAGAGAGUUCUUUACAGAUUUUGUGAAGGUUGCGCAAGACGAGGGCAGACACUUUACUCUUCUUGCUAGACGGCUCGAGGAACUGGGUUCUUCUUACGGGGCAUUACCAGCUCAUGAUGGCUUGUGGGACUCAGCCAUUGCUACGUCGAAGGACCUGUUGGCUCGUUUGGCAAUAGAGCAUUGCGUUCACGAGGCGAGGGGACUUGAUGUGCUUCCAACAACCAUAUCUCGAUUCUGCAAUGGAGGUGAUAAAGAAACAGCUGAUUUACUAGCGACUGUAGUUUACCCAGAAGAGAUUACCCAUUGUGCAGCUGGAGUGAAGUGGUUCAAGUAUCUAUGCUUGAGGUCUAAAAACCCAGCUUUAAGCAGAGACAACUUGACAUCUGAAGAAAAUGGAGAGAAAGAAACUGAAAUUUCGAUGGAGGAGAAUGAAGAGGUGAUUCAGAAGUUUCAUGCUAUAGUGAAAACCCAUUUCAGAGGACCAUUAAAGCCUCCCUUUAAUGAGAAAGCAAGGAAGGCUGCUGGAUUUGGCCCUCAGUGGUAUGAACCUCUUGCUGUCAAAGAGGUCCAGAAUGCUAAUCCUAGUAUUUGA